CUCGCGCAAAAAGCCCUCCUCCACAACUCCAAGAGUCUACUUCAAGGCCGAUCACUCGCUCUCCACAUGCCUCUUGCGCUUCUUUACGACGGCCACGACAGACGACUGCAAGAUCAAUUACUACGAUUGUGAGGCAGGGACAGCUUGCGCAUACAUUCCCACCCAUCAUCAUGUCUGCACCACCAGCUCCAGUGCUGCGAGUGCAUGCGCUGUCCAAGACGGAGCCCCUCAACCUCUUGCUGUCGCUGCGAAAUUACAUCAACCAGCACUUGGCUGAGCCUUUCCCCGUCGAAUUCACUCCUGAUGGCAGCCAACCCGCUCAUUUGGUGCUGAAGCCCGCGGGGGAGGAGGUGACCGGCACUGGAGAGAUUAUUAGAAAGUUGUUGGACCUCUAUGCGGCCUUUGGCGUUGCAGGCAAGGAUGCGCAUGACAGCGGAGAGAUCUCGAACUACGUCGAUACGGCGGCCAAGCUGCCCACUCUGUCUUUUGCAGAGGUAGGAAGUGUGGCGGACGAUUUGGACCAGCAUCUCGCUUUGAGGUCGUUCCUGGUGGGCACAGGACACGCGCUUACCGCAGCGGAUAUCAUCAUCUGGGCCAGCUUCAAGACGGGAGCAGGAUUUACCGGACUCAUCAAAGCCAAUCAGCACAAGCACUUGGCUAGAUGGGCGUCGUACAUCGAGUCACUUCCACUGGUCGCUCAAACGCAGGAGGAUCUUCGCGGUGCUCGAUCCACCAAGGCCAAAGGACCAGGUGCUGCCAAAUCCUCAGGUUUCGACGUCUUCUUGCCAGGCGCAAAGAAGGGACAGGUGGUCACUAGAUUCCCGCCCGAGCCCAGUGGUUACCUCCACCUUGGCCACACAAAGGCGGCUAUUCUGAACAGCUACUUUGCCAAGGAGUACGAAGGUCGUCUUAUCGUACGCUUCGAUGAUACGAACCCGAGCAAAGAGAAGACCGAAUUCCAAGAUGCCAUCAUCGAGGAUCUGGCCCUGCUUGGCAUCAAGCCUGACAGCACAAGUCACACGUCGGACUAUUUUGAUCACAUCUACAAGCUAGCCAUCCAGCUCAUCAAGCAGGGAGAUGCAUACGCUGAUGACACGCUGCAAGAAGAAAUGCGCGCGCAACGAAUGGACGGCAUCGCAUCUGCCAGGAGGAACGAGUCCAUCGAGGACAACUUGGCUCGAUUUGCUGACAUGAGCGCUGGUUCGGAGGAGGGACGCAAGUGGUGUUUGAGAGCCAAAAUGAGCGUGGAUGAUCCUAACAAGGCUCUGCGCGACCCAGUCAUCUACCGCUGCAAUGCGGAGGUGUCGCAUCACCGCACCGGAACGACCUGGAAAGUCUAUCCGACGUACGACUUUGCGUGUCCAGUCGUUGAUGCUCUCGAAGGCAUCACCCACGCCCUGCGUACCAACGAGUACAGAGAUAGGAACCCGCAAUACGCGUGGAUGCUGGAAAAGCUAAAGUUGCGAAACGUGGAGAUUUGGGACUUUGGGAGAUUGAACUUCGUCUACACCCUGUUGUCGAAGCGCAAAUUGCAGUGGUUCGUCGAUCGUGGUAUCGUCACUGGCUGGGACGACCCCCGAUUCCCAACUGUCAGAGGCGUGCGUCGUCGCGGAAUGACCAUCGAGAACAUGCACAACUUCAUCCUCGCUACCGGUCCUUCGCAAAAUGUCAUCAACAUGGAAUGGGACUCGAUCUGGGCAGGCAACAAGCGCAUCAUCGACCCCAUCGUACCGCGCUUCACCGCCCUCGAGACCAAGGAUCUUGUCAAAUGCACAAUCUCGGGUAUUUCUGAAGUUUCCGAGAAGGUUUUGCCUCGACACAAGAAGAACGCUGAGCUGGGCACGAAGACGACGGUGUUUGGUCCGAAUUGCUUCAUCGAGCAAGUCGAUGCGGCAAGCUUCAAGGACAAUGAAGAGAUCACCCUAAUGGACUGGGGCAAUGUGUAUGUGAGGUCGAAGAAGCUGGCUGAGGAUGGCUCCGUUGCAUCCCUCGAGAUGGAAGCCCACCUCGACGGGGACUUCAAGAAGACGGAAAAGAAGGUGACAUGGCUGGCCGAUGCGCCUGUCGGCGCCACGCCGCGCUCCGGCAGGUUGACGGAAGUGCUGCUUUUGGACUAUGACUAUCUCAUCACCAAGAAGAAGCUGGAAGAGGACGACGAGUUUGAAAAGUUCGUCACGCCCGUCACUCAAUUCGAGACGCUCGCUAUUGCAGACAGUAAUGUUUCCGAGCUAGCUGAAGGGCAGAGCAUCCAGUUUGAGAGAAAGGGAUACUUUAUUCUGGACAAGGCGCAGGGUAAAGAUGGCAAGAGGGAAUUUAUCAGGAUUCCGGAUGGACGUGAAGCUACUGCGCAGAGCAAGAAUGCUGCGGAUGAUGGAGGUACAGAGGGAAGAAAAGCUGCUGCACAAGCUGCCAGAGCCAAAGCCAAGGACCAGAAUAGCCCAUCGGAUGCUGCUGGCUCUGCAUCUGCCUCAAAGAAGCCGUCCAAAUCGACCGCAAAGGAUUCGACCGGCGCUGCUCCUUUCAAGGAAGCGGACGCUGCGCUGGGGUCCUCCAACAUGUACCCCAUCAAGCCUUUCCUUGAGGAUGUCGAGAUCGAGCCUGAUACGUCCAAGAUGUACAAGAUGAAGCCUAUCAUCUAGAGAUGUGGUGCGCUUGCGACACGACAAAAGGUGAUGAGAGGGACUACCCGCCCUCGUGCCAAAAGAAUCACAUUGCAUUGCAUCGAAAAGGC